AUGCCUUGGAAUUGCUGUGUCCCUCAAUGUUCUGCUACUUCCAAUACUUGUAAGGGGUUAAGUUUUCAUUCAUUUCCAACAAAUCCAAGAGAAAAAAAGAAGUGGAUUAUAUCUAUUCGUUCUUCGAAAACCCCAAGCAAGUACGCGAAAGUAUGUGGCCGACAUUUCAAAGAAAGUGACUUCCUUACCAAGAAAACAGAUGCCCUUGAAAACAAAAGGAUGCUACUAAAGCCUGGCGCCUUUCCAGAGUUACAUCUUCCAGUGAGGUCAUUCGAAAAGGCCACAAAAUUACGUAAGGUUCCCGUAUCCAGGACAAAGAUAAAGGAAACUUCAAUUAUUAUAACUCCUACUCAAGAAAUAAUUGAAGAAGUUGUUAUGUUAGAUGACUUUAAUGUAAAUAAUGAAAUUUCGAUUGAAUGUAGUAGUACGGAAACACCAAGCAAUUCUAUUGCAACACAAACUGAUGUUGCUACUGAUAUUACAACUGCUGAUGUUACAAGCCAAACAAAUUUUUCUUUUAAUUUUUGGGAAGAUUCAGUGAAGAACAUGAAAGAAGAUCAGUAUACAUGCAUAAUUGACUGUACAGAAAUUGAAAUGGAAAUGCCAUCUAACCCGACCCAUCAACAGGUUACUUGGUCAGAGUACAAACAACGGCCCACAUUAAAAGCCUUAAUUGGUAUUUCUGAGAGAGGUGUUGUUAUGUUUUGCUCAGAUUUACAUGGUGGGUCAAUCUCUGACAGAGAAAUUGUUAAAAGAAGUGGGAUCCUUUCCCUAGUGAAAGAGGGGGACAUAAUUUUAGCAGAUAAAGGAUUUAAUGUCUCAGAUUUGUUUGAGCAGAAUAAAGCUGCUUUAAAUAUUCCUCCAUUCAAAUAUGACUAA